AAGUGCAUCCGCAUCGCCAUACAGAAUAUACAGUGCAAGCAGAAUGUACCGAUCGUACGGAUUUGCAGCUUUCGUUACGGUGACGAUCGUCGUCCUUUGUGCGGAUGUUCGGGCAAAUUUGUCCAUCAGUGAUGUGAAUACCUCGAAGCAGAGUUACUUUUUUGGUGCAAAAGAUGCAUCGGAUAUACUUUGCUUUUCGAAAACAUUGCUGAAGGGUUCCAUCAUGCCACAGGAGGUGUCGUACACCAAUCCAACCGCGAUGAAAUUCAUCAACUUUAUUACUCUUGCGGCCGACAAGUACUCGACACAUGGAUUUACGGCUGAUAUUACUAGCGGAAAGAUUGGAACACUAUCUGCCACGGUUAAAAUCAAUGCAAAAUCAAUUCUACCCUACGCAAUCGAGGUUAAGUUCUACUGUGUGAAAUAGUUUUAGUAAAGAAGACGAAAAAUAGAUCUAAGAAGAAAAAAACGAUACGAUUAUGAGAAAAUGGAAUGAAUAAAUUAUUGCGGAAAGAUGU